AUGGUAAAUUCAAAUAACCUUGAUGAAACAGAACAAAAGAAUUAUGUUUUAGAUGCUAAUCAAUGUUUAUGGCCAAAAAAUGUCUGUGUACCAAUACAUAAUUGCCCGAAAAUAAAUAAUCAACUGUACAGAGACAAAUUAACACCAAUAGAGAAAAAUUAUUUACAAAUGAAGCAAUGCGGUUUCCGAAAUGGCACCAUAUUUGUUUGUUGUAAAUCAUCUCUACCACGGCCAGGAGUUUGCGGACCAUUAUUUCAAGAUAAUAGAAUUUCUCAUGGUAAAAUAGCUAAUAUGGAUUGGUUUCCCUGGACGGCAGUAUUAAUUGUUAAAUACAAAUCAGGUAAAAUUAAACAAAAAUGUGGUGGAUCACUUUUAAACCAAAAAUAUGUUUUAACGUCAGCCCAUUGCGUUACAAAAACAGAAAAUUCACGAGAAAUUCAAAAAAUAUAUGAGUUGAGAUUAGGUGAAUGGAAUAUAACAAAUUUGGAACCCGAUCAAAUGAUUUCAUCAUUUGAUAAUACGACAAUAACAGCUGAUCCUGUUUUAUAUUUAGGUGUAGAAAAAUAUAUUAUUCAUGAGAAUUAUGUUCGACAUGAAAACAAGAACGAUAUUGCAUUAUUAAAAUUAAAUAAAACUGUUUCAUAUACAAAAUAUAUUAGACCAAUAUGUUUAACAUCACCUCAAAAAUCAAGAAUACCAACUGAACCAAAUAAUUUGUACAUAAUGGGUUGGGGUAAAACCGAAAAUCAAAAGCUUAGUGAUAUUAAACGUUACGCUGCAAUUACAUAUGUUCCGAAAAAAAAAUGUGAAAAAAUAUAUCGUGAAAAUGUUGGUUACCAUUUUAAAGGUAAAUUUAGUGAGGAACAUUUUUGUGCUGGUGGUACAAAAGAUGCAUGUGGCGGUGAUUCCGGUGGUCCAGUUGCAAUAUUACAAAAUGUUUCUAAUAAAUGGGCGUAUUUUAUUGUUGGUAUUAUAACAUAUGGUACAACACCUUGUGGAAAUGAUGAUCCAGGCGUUUAUACAAAGAUUAGUAAAUAUAUUGAGUGGAUAAUACAAAAUAUGGAACAUUAA